AUGGAGGACCUCGCCGCUUCGAUCAUGUCGCUCUCGCACAGCGCCCCGCUCUACCUCUUCUUCAACGUCCCCGCCUGGGAGGAGUACUGCCUCCACGAAGACAUCAGCGGCGGCUUCGAGCUUGCCGCGGCUGACAGUAACGGCGCCGAGCUGCGCGUGUGCGCCCGCCAGCUGCUCCGCGGUGGUGCGCAGCUCCCUCUGAAGUUGCCGCCGCGGCUGCAGCAUCCAGCUGACUGGUCCGCCGCGUCCUCCGCCGCCACUUCGCCGACGCUGCAGGCGCAACUGUGCAUGGUGCCGUCGUGGAGCCCGUUCACGAGCAGCGCGAGGCACAGGGACUUCGACCCGUUCGCCGCCGCGCUGGAGAAGGUACGCCGGGACGGCGCCGCGCCCCUGCCCAGCAGGCCCAUCCGCCGCGCGAGGUCGCUCUCGUCGCUUCGGGGCGCCCAAACCGCCGCGACGAACCUACACAGCUCGCAGCUCUCGAAGAAGGCGAGCAGGAGGCCACCGCAGAGGAGCACGAGGAGGAGAGGCGUGAAGCGCCUGCUGUGCUGGGCUCCGAUGGCAAGCUCAGCCGCCGCUCCGGCACCUGGGAAGGACGGCGUCGCGUCUUACCGGCGGCCGAGUCUUUUAGUCUGCUUUGGCUUUUAA